AAAAAUUAGAUAAGAAAUAUAACAAUGCUUGAAAUAUGAAUUACUCGCAAAUGAUUAAAUGCAUCUAGAAAAUGGAAUUUCAAUUUCUUCUUCUAUUGUGUUUUAUUAGCUACUCAACAGGUUUAAAAUGUUAUUCGUGUACACAAAGUGGUUCUUCGGAUGAUCAAAUUUGCUUAAAAAACCCUGGUGCAGCUUCCGAAUCGGCUAUUAUUAAAUGCAACAAAAAAUAUUGCAUCACAUUUCGACAAGAACUUAUUGAUCCUCCCGGAUUGGCUACAUUUUCUCGAGGAUGUGAAGACACUCCAGUCUUUUUAAAUAAAGAUGUAACAGAUGAAGUUUAUAAGACUUAUUAUAGAGCAUGUACAAAAUCUCUGUGCAACAAUGGUACAGGAAAAGAACCUAUUUUUGGUAACGGAUUUGGGGGUGAUAUUGGUACUGAAGGUAUAAUCUACGUAAAAGGUAUUGGCACUAAUUCUGCAAAUACAACGAAGUUAUCUUUUAUUAUGGUUUUUAUUUGUUCGCUGUUAAUGUUUUACAUUUAAUCAGAAUU